AUGUUCGCUCGUGUGUUCAAGGCCAUGCCCGCCAGGGCCCCUGCCUUCACUUCCGUGAAUGCUUCUAUCCAGUCCCGCUUCAUGGCUACCGUCCGUCAGGGACGUCCCGCCACUGAACGUGCCACUUUCACGAUCCGAGAUGGCCCCAUCUUCCAUGGAAAGUCCUUUGGAGCCCGCUCCAACAUUUCCGGUGAAGCCGUCUUCACCACCUCUCUGGUCGGAUACCCCGAGUCCUUGACCGACCCCUCCUACCGUGGUCAGAUCCUGGUCUUCACCCAGCCUCUGAUCGGUAACUACGGUGUCCCCUCCGCCGAGAGGGACCAGCACGGUCUGCUCAAGUACUUUGAGUCUCCCAACCUCCAGGCCGCUGGUGUCGUCGUGGCCGAUGUGGCUGAGCAGUACAGCCACUGGACCGCCGUCGAGAGUCUCGGUGAAUGGUGUGCCCGUGAGGGUGUGCCCGCCAUCUCCGGCGUCGACACUCGUGCCAUUGUCACCUACCUCCGUGAGCAGGGUUCUUCCCUCGCUCGUAUCACCGUCGGUGAGGAGUACGACGCUGACCAGGAUGAGGCCUUCGUCGACCCUGAGCAGAUCCACUUGGUCCGCCAGGUCAGCACCAAGGCUCCUUUCCACGUCAGCGCCGCCGACCCCCAGUGCCACGUCGCUGUGCUCGACUGCGGUGUCAAGGAGAACAUCCUGCGUAGCUUGGUCAGCCGCGGAGCCAGCAUCACUGUGUUCCCCUUCGACUACCCCAUUCACAAGGUCGCCCACCACUUCGAUGGUGUCUUCAUCUCCAACGGCCCCGGUGACCCGACUCACUGCCAGGACACCGUCUACCACCUCCGUCGCCUGAUGGAGACUUCCCAGGUGCCCAUCUUCGGUAUCUGUCUGGGUCACCAGCUCCUGGCUCUGGCCAACGGUGCUCGCACCAUCAAGCUCAAGUAUGGUAACCGUGCCCACAACAUCCCGGCUCUGGACACCACUACUGGCCGCUGCCACAUCACCAGCCAGAACCACGGUUACGCCGUGGAUGCUUCCACCCUGCCUUCCGACUGGAAGCCCUACUUUGUCAACCUGAACGAUUCUAGCAACGAGGGUAUGAUCCACAAGACUCGUCCCAUCUUCAGCACCCAGUUCCACCCCGAGGCCAAGGGCGGUCCCCUGGACUCCUCUUACCUCUUCGACAUCUACCUGGACAGCGUCGUCAAGUACAAGAACCACCAGCUGGCGUUCCACCCCAACCGGAACACCGUCCCCAGCCCUCUCUUGGUUGACCUCUUGGCCAAGGAGCGUGUGGGCGUUCAGCCUACCAUUGGCAUGCAGAACGUGGCCGCUGCCGCUGCUGCUGCCGUCGCUGCCGCUUAA